AUGGCAGCCAUUCCUUCCAGUGGCUCGCUCAUGGCCACCCACAACUACUACUGGCACCGCCUGAGUUCCACUUCCAGCAACAGCUCCUGUGGAAGUGCCGACUACUCUGGGGAAGCCCUCCCCCUCCACCCGGGUCUCCCCAUAGUCAACCCUGCUCACUGGUGGGUGAGCUUCUUUUUCAGGAAGUCCAUGCUCCCAUUCAUGGCCAUGGUGUUGAAGACCCCAGAGCACCUGGAAUGCCCCCAGGCCUCCAGCAGCAUGAUCACUUGUGGCCUGGCUCAUGAAGCCACGAGGACACAGUGUGGCCAGCCCAGCACAGCCAGCACCAGGCCCCUAUCCUGA